AUGAAAAUAUAUGCGUUGCCCUUGCCUAAUAAGCGUCUUUUUUUUCACUGUCUGCCGACAUUACAGAUGAAUCAGACUGUAACUUUACAUGACAAAAUUGUAAAUAGAGUUGCGAAGACGUGGAAUAAUUGGAAAAUGUCAAACAGUACAAUUAAGAAAAAAGUUGUUGAAUUUGGCAACUACGCUGUUAAUAUGUCUGGCCACGAGGAACUGGCUCUUCGGGAAAUAGCAGCAGCAGGAAAGGUUAGCAACAAGCAAUUGCAUGACUCAACAGUCGUUUAUCACGCUCCAAAUAUCUCAAGCUCCUUUGUGUAUGAACAGCUAGGGAAGCUGGCAAUGCAAAGACAGCUGCACUCAAAAUAUCUUCUAGGAAACAUACUUGGUCUUCCUCUGACAAUACCCGUAAUACUAAUACCUCUCAUUCCUAACCUUCCAGGGUUCUAUCUUUGCUACCGCGCUUACUGUAACUGGAGGGCAAUGCAAGGAGCAGCUCAGUUGGAUAGACUGUUCGACACGGGCGCUAUAAAACUUCGGGUAUUACCAAUGCUUAUGGAAGCCUGCGAAGCCUUUCAAAAAGGGAAUCCAGCAAGUUUAAAGAAGCUGGUUGAAGGCGAGACCCUUGAAGAUAGAUACAGACGAGCCAUUAAUCAUGAAUCUACAUAA